CCCGCCUACUCUUGACGCACUGAGCUGCGACGUCAUGUCCGUGUUUGCGGAAACCCGACAUAACAAACGCAGGAACCUUCAGAUGGAUGAAAACAUGUCAGAGAUCCUGAAACAUGGAAACUCUGAGUUCAACCAGAAGAACUUCACUCAGGCCGAGGAGCUGUACUCACACUUCAUCACUUCCUGUUCACACUCCAGGAAAUGUGAUGCUGCUAGUUUGGCCACAGCUUACAACAACCGCGGACAGAUAAAGUACCUCCGGGUGGAUUUUCAUGAAGCGGUGGAGGAUUACACUUCUGCUAUUCAGACUGACUGUCACUUUGAAAUACCUUUCUACAACAGAGGACUUAUUCGAUACAGACUGGGUUUUUUUGACGAUGCCGUGAGUGACUUCCAGCAGGCGUUGAAGCUCAAUCCAGAGUUUGAAGAUGCCAAAGUGAGUCUGCGACAGACGCUUCUGGACCAGCAGGAGAAGACAAACAGAGGAUACUGACAAUCUCAUAAACUACAGAGAGCGAGUUUUAUUAACCUGAAGUCUGGUGCAAGUUUUCAUUCUUGUAUCUGAAAGUGUUUUAUAAUGUGGCACACAAACAUUGUAGCUGAAGAUCACAUGACGGCUACAAAGCAUUAAAUCCUCUGCUGUUUGAACACAUGACGGAGGAGGCAGACAUCCCACCGGAUCAGGCGCGACGCUAAUAUGGAUUUUUAUGAAGCAGAGCAUUUUUGAUUCCUUUCCUGCACAAUCUCCAGCCUCGUUCAGUUGGCCAAACAAUAUAAUGGCCUCAUAAAUGAAAGUAUAUCAUCGUGUAAGUCUGUGAAUGGAGAGUGCAGACGAAUCGACCGAGGUGCAGCGGACAAAACAACAGACUGUCAGUAAUAAACGAUUGUUCCCCACCUUGAAGUCACUGGAAGGAUGGUUGUGACCAUAACCAAACAAUAAUCAAAUGUUAGCAUGAAGUAAAAAUGAGGCGUCUCACUGGUGCAAUGGAAAACAUGUCAGUAAUGGAUCGAUUAUUUAGGUCGUGCUUUUCAAGCUGACAAACAAAAAAUUUGCUCAUUUGUGAUUCUGAUUUUUUAGAAAUUUGUGACGAGCCCUUUGGACUUUCUACAGACAAAAUUCAUCAAUUAAUUGAGAAAUUAAAUUGCAGUUUAAUUGAUAAUGAAUGUAAUUGUUAAUUGUUAAUGCAGAUAUAUAUGAUGUCAAACACAUGUAGGUUUGUAUAUAAUGAGUACACAAUAAAUUAUUUUU